GAGUUGCGAGAAGGCAACAGAAAGGCACCUCAGCCUUCAGGGGUAGAAUUCCGACUGCUUUCAAAUCAAAUAUAAAAAUGGAUGAGAAGCGCAGCGGUAUGCGGCGACGGUGGUUGGUGGUGUUGUCGCUGAUGAUAGCAAUAGUGGUGUUGUUGUCAAUAUUAGGGGCCACGGUGUUUAAGGCAAGGCCGCCUAUAAUCACAGUUAAUGAGAUUACACUCCGUGACUUUGACUUAUCAUUUGCAUCCCACGUUAAUAUUCACUUCAAUGUCUCCCUUGACGCCUCCCUCUCCGUCAAUAACCCUAACAAGGUUGGCCUUAAGUACGCCUCCACCUUUGCGUUUUUGGAUUACAGAGGUCAGAUUGUUGGAGAGGCUCCCAUUCCCGCUGGCAAAAUAUCCGCCGACCAGACUCUUCCUAUGAAGCUUACACUAACUGUCAUGGCGGAUCGAAUACUUUCGAACUCACAAUCUCUCAUUUCUGAUCUGCUCGCCACCACUCUCCCGCUCUCCACCAACAUUCGCAUUUCCGGCAAGGUUACUCUACUUUUUGUUAAGAUGAACUCUACCCAAAUUCCAAGUCAACUAUAGGUGUAGAGGUUCAAACUCAGAAGAUGGAGAUUAAUGGAAUAGAUAUUUAAGCACAUAUUUGGGACACUGCUGGUCAGGAACGGUUCAGAGCAGUUACAUCAGCAUACUACAGAGAUGCAGUUGGGGCUCUUUUGGUUUAUGAUAUCAGUAUACGUCAGACAUUUGACAGCAUCAGCAGAUGGCUCAAUGAACUCCACACGGAAGUCGAUUCGUGACCGGGAAUUGAUUAAGACGCUUGCGAGUUGGUUAUCUUGCUUAAGUAAGUCAAGUUGCAGGUCUGGGGAGUGAGGAUUGUCCCUUGAAGAAAUAAAUUAUUAGGGUAGAGAAGUCUUAAUAAGAACUUCAAAAUUUAGUUUAAAAAGCAUUUGGUUUUGUGAGGCGACUCUCGCUCUCAAGUUGUAAUAAGUAGAUUCAACUUUUCGUUUCUUAUCCGCUGCUAAGUUUUUCUUAUCAUCCAGUAGUUCUUAAUAACGCUAAUAGAACUCGAUCCGCACGUUUUUCCUUAGCUUCAAAACCGUUUUAAACU